AUGGGUGUCGGGGUUGUGCUAGUGACGGUCAGUGGUGCCGCUUGGCGUAUGACUGCACCUGGCGGACCACCUUGUUUGGGCUUGGGUUCAAGCGUCGAUAUAGGUCGGUGCGGACGUAGACCGUGCAGCCGUGGCGGUGGUGCACCUCAUGGACUUUUGUAUCCAGAGUUUCAACAUCGACCACCGCCGCCAUCGUACCAGGCUAGCAUGCAGGAAUAUCGAUUGAGGCUUUUACUAUUGGACAGGGAUCGGCAACAUGGUGUAGUUCGUGGCAGUUCUCCACCCCCAACUUAUCGUUCACAUGCCGGAAGUUUAUUGAGGUGA